AUGCCAAAGAAACCACACUUUUCAAUCCAACCCAUCUUCACAACAACUCAACCAACCAACUCAAAAUGUCGUACACCACCCUUUACCACUCUUCUUCAAAACCCCAAAGCCUCUUCAACUUCCUUAAACUCCACAUUCUUAAACCACCUUAAAAACCAAAGACUAGAUUCAGCACGUGCCGUCUUCAACAAGAUCCCUUCCCCUCACGUCUCUCUCUGCACCAGAAUGCUCCUCGCUUAUGCUCACAACCACAAUCUCCCACAAGCAAUCAAUCUCUUCAACCAAAUCCCAUCAAACACCAAAGACAUUAUCUCAUGGAACUCCAUUAUCAGAGCCUCAAUCCUCUGUGGUGAUUUCAUCACUGCAGUUAAGCUGUUCGAUGAAAUGCCGCACAGAAACUCAAUCUCAUGGACAACAAUGAUCCACGGCUUUUUAUCCCUCGGAAGAGUUGUUGAUGCUGAAACAUUCUUCCGUGCAAUGCCAAGUGCUGACAAAGACGUUGCCACGUGGAAUGUUAUGGUUAAUGGUUAUUGUAAUAAUGGUAGAGUUAAUGAUGCUCUUCGGUUGUUCAGUCAAAUGCCUUGCCGUGAUGUUAUUUCUUGGACUUCUAUUAUUGCUGGGUUGGAUCGUAAUGGGAAGAGUUCUCAAGCGUUGGUUUUCUUGAAGGACAUGGUGAGUUGUUCUGGCGUUGACAUUUCUUCUACUACUUUGGUUUGUGGGUUGUCAGCUGCUGCUAAAAUUUCAGAUUUUAAUGCGGGUAUUCAGAUUCAUUGUCGUACGUUCAAGUUUGGUUAUUGUUGUGGUUUUGAUCAGUUUGUAUCUGCUUCGCUUGUUACUUUUUACGCGUCUUGUAAGAGAAUGGAUGAUGCUUUUAAGGUUUUUUGUGAGAUUGUUUGUAAGAAUGUAGUGGUUUGGACUGCUCUUUUGACUGGGUAUGGUUUGAAUGAGAAGCAUGAUGAUGCUUUGGAGGUUUUUGGUGACAUGAUGAGAUUUUGUGUGGUGCCUAAUGAGUCUUCGUUUACUAGUGCUUUGAAUUCGUGUGUUGGGUUGGAGGAUCUUGAGAAGGGGAGAGUGAUUCAUGCUGUAGCAGUUAAGAUGGGUUUGGAAAAUGGGGUCUAUGUGGGGAAUUCUCUUGUUGUUAUGUAUAGUAAAUGUGGUUAUACUGGUGAUGCUUUGUGUGUGUUUAAUGGGAUUGGUGAAAAAAAUGUUGUGUCUUGGAAUUCUGUGAUUGUUGGUUGUGCUCAGCAUGGAUGUGGUUUAUGGACUUUGGCACUUUUUAAACAAAUGUUGAUGGAAGGUGUUGAGUCUGAUGAGAUCACAUUGACCGGUCUGCUUUCUGCUUGUAGCAGGUCCGGGAUGUUACAGAAGGCGAGGUGUAUUUUUGGGUACUUCGGUCGGAAAAGAUCCAUGAAGCUGACAGUUGAGCACUAUGCUUGUAUGGUAGAUGUGCUUGGCCGGUGUGGCGAGGUAGAGGAAGCAGAAGCGCUAGCGAUGAGCAUGCCCGUGGAAGCAAACUCUAUGGUAUGGCUUGUUUUGCUGAGUGCCUGCAGGAUGCAUUCUAAUUUGGGUGUUGCGGAAAGAGCUGCAAAACGGAUAUUUGAAAUGGAGCCUAAUUGUAGUGCUGCCUAUGUGUUGCUAUCAAACUUGUAUGCAUCUUUGAGAAGAUGGUCAGAAGUGGCAAGGAUUAGGAGGAAAAUGAAGCAUAAUGGAGUUGUAAAACAACCCGGUUCAAGUUGGAUAACCUUAAAAGGACUAAGGCAUGAUUUUUUGUGUGCAGAUAGGUCCCAUCCACUUACUGAGAAGAUAUAUGAAAAGCUAGAGUGGUUAGGAGUAAAAUUAAAAGAACAGGGUUAUGUUCCUGAUCAACAAUUUGCCUUGCAUGAUGUUGAAAUUGAGCAAACUGAAGAAAUGUUGUCUUACCACAGUGAAAGGCUUGCAAUUGUAUUUGGGUUGCUUAGCACUGUGGAAGGAAGUACAAUAACCAUAAUGAAAAAUCUGCGUGUAUGCGGGGAUUGUCAUAAUGCAAUAAAGCUUAUGGCAAAGAUUGUUGACAGGGAGAUCGUGGUCAGAGAUUCUAGCCGGUUUCAUCACUUUAAGAAUGGCAUAUGUUCUUGUGGGGAUUAUUGGUAG